UUGCCCUAACUGAUCUCCUACCCCCUUCUCUUCUCUCUUCUUCAUCUACAGGGACACCAUGUCAGGAAAGGGCGGCAAAGGAGGCAAGGGUGGAAAGGGAGGCAAGGCCCCAACGUCAAAGAAGGCACCCCAGUCGCGGUCUUCGAAGGCCGGCCUCCAGUUCCCUGUGGGGCGUAUCCACAGAUUCCUCAAGUCGCGGGUGCACUCCCACCAGCGCGUGGGAGCUACGUCGGCAGUCUACACGGCCGCGAUCCUCGAGUACUUGACCGCGGAGGUGCUGGAGUUGGCCGGUAACGCGUGCAAGGACCUCAAGGUGAAGCGUAUCACGCCGCGCCACUUGCAGCUCGCGAUCCGCGGUGACGAGGAGCUGGACACGCUCAUCAAGGCCACCAUCGCGGGCGGCGGUGUCAUCCCGCACAUCCACAAGUCGCUCGUCAACAAGACCACCAAGAAGAGGAUCUAGUCAAGAGGAGGAGGAGGAGGAGGAGCCAAACAACACGGGAGAGGAACGGCAGCAGCAGCUUCUUCUGUCUGCCUUGUUCGCCGGAGGCGUCAGCAUGUGGAACGUUUGAACACCGCAGCAGCAGUGCAAGUGUGUCUUGUGUGUUUCUCAUCGGCGUCGUCGCGGCUGUCUCUCUCGCUGUACAGUAGAGUUUUCGCUCGUUUUGUUGGCGCAGCUCGCUCCCUUUUUUCUGUUUGUUUUGUUUUACCAAGCCGCGCGGCACAUAGUAGGGCAGAGAGCGGAGCUUGGCCCCUCGUUUGCGGCGCGCUCCUGCGGGAUGGAUGGAUUUAGAGGAAGAAGCUACGCUCCUACGUGCUUUGCUUGCAUGUAUGUACCGCCGCUCUCUCUCUCUCUCCCUCUCUCUCUAUUUCUUAGUAUAUUUAUGCCGUGUCGUGGGAUUAUUGUAGGAUUGGGGCCCUCCUUGGUUUGUACAGGUCUCUCCAGGUUGUGUUUAGGUAAACCGGCUGCCGAGCGGCGUAUUUUUCGGCCCCCCGCGUCAUGUUUGGGGGGGAGAGAGUUAAGUAUCAUUGGCGGCAGACUUUCGCGUUCUGUCGUACCGUACCGUACAUUUUUGGCGUUCGAGUCGUUGUGUUUUCCUCUCCACAGGUAGACAGACAACAGAUAACCCUCUGCUGUUUUUUCUGGACGGGAAAUUGCAGUCGUUGAAAAAGUAGCGAGUGUUUUUUGUUUUGAAACAACUGAUACGGCUGGGUGCUUGUUUUCUGUGCUCCGCUUGUUGCUCUCUCUUUUUUUUUUGUCUAGGAAAGCUCCGGCCUUACAAAAUAUAAACCCCGAUCUUUUGUCGGCGUUUGGCCAUGUAGGGAGAGCUCGAGGGUUUUGGAUAGAAUGGGCACUAUGCUGCUCGCUACUUUGUGCGUAGACUGAAGAUACGGACAUGAUAUGAUGACAUGAUAUCGUACAUGUACUCUGUACGCGUAGCAAGGGCCGGAGGCGGGCAGAUAAUAGACGGGAGGGCAAACCAACGCUCUUUUUUUUAUUUUGCCCUGUAGGUGAAAAAAUAAUGAAAAACAAAUUGUCAGAUAGUAAAAAAUAACAUCCAAAAUGAAUGAAAGAAUG